UCGUCCCCUUCACAUAACCCCCAUACCCCUCAACUAACUCCCAAAAAUCAUACACUGCUACACUCCAAUCAAUACAUACAGUUGGGUGUAUCUAUAGCCCUGAGUAGCCCAAUACAAUCUAAUUAUGUUUUUAUAUAUAUAUACACACAGUUUUCCAUUUUAUUUUCACACAUUCACUCUCUGCCACACACAUACAUCAUCAGAAGUAGCUGUUUCCUUCGCCCAGCAGUUGCAGCGCUGCUGUUUGCAGCUGCUGCCGCUGCCACUUGCAGGCCUCGCAUAUUUAUAUUAUACCACUAUAUAAAUGUAUAUCGAAGAUCAAAGCCUUUUCAUUUAGUAUUAUCCAAAUUUUUUAUAUUAUUAAAUUACGAGAAAAGAUAUCUUGUACGUAGGCUUGUGGAAUAGGGAGUAGCGUCCUUUAAAAUAUUUCUACUUUUGUAUUAAUACAACUUAAAUACACGAGUUAAUAAAGUCUGAUUUGAUGUACAGUGAAGAAAGGCAGUCCCAUUUUAGUGAGAGAAAGCUAAUGCAGAGCUGCUAAGUUUAAAAAAGGAGAAACUCGCAGCAGCUGAUAAUUCCCUAUUAAUUCUCGGAAUUCUCUCCGAUUUGUGGUGGUUAGGGUUUGAAUAUGAUGAACGGUUUGAUCGAUUUGAACACUGUGAACAAUGAAGAUGAAACGGCGUCGGGCUGUGGUUCGCCGUCAUCGUCGGUGGCGUCCGGGAACUUGGAAUUGGCUACGGCGUCGUCGUCGAUGCCAUCGGUGUCUAUGGAGCUGUGGCACGCAUGCGCGGGGCCGCUGAUUUCGCUGCCGAAGAAAGGGAGCGCCGUCGUCUACUUCCCCCAGGGACAUGUGGAACACCUCCCUGAGCAUCCUGCCGUAACUUAUGAUCUCCCUCCCCACGUUUUUUGCCGCGUUGUUGAUGUUAAACUCCAUGCGGAUACAACUAGUGAUGAGGUGUACGCACAGGUUUCACUCAUUCCGGAUCAACAGAUUGAGCAAAAAUGGAGGGAAGGCAUAAUGGAAUCUGAGGCCGAAGAUGAAGAUCUUGAAGGUGUGGUGAAGACUAUGACACCCCACAUGUUCUGUAAAACUCUUACCGCAUCGGAUACUAGCACACAUGGUGGAUUUUCUGUUCCACGCCGUGCUGCUGAGGACUGCUUUCCUCCACUGGAUUAUAAACAGCAGAGACCUUCACAGGAGCUUGUUGCUAAGGAUUUACAUGGAAUUGAAUGGAAGUUUCGGCAUAUCUAUAGAGGUCAGCCUCGAAGGCAUUUACUGACUACUGGUUGGAGUGCAUUUGUCAAUAAGAAGAAGCUGGUGUCCGGGGAUGCUGUCCUUUUCCUAAGAGGUGGCGAUGGGGAACUCAGGCUUGGAAUUCGUAGAGCUGCACAAAUCAAAAGUGGUGCUACCACCCUUCCCACCACUAGCCAACUGUCCAAUGCUAGUGGCAUUGCUGCAGUUGUGAAUGCCAUUACCACUUGGACGACGUUCGACAUUUGUUAUAAUCCCAGAAUGCGUUCUUCAGAUAUUAUUGUGCCUCAUCACAAGUUCUGCAAGAGCCUUACACAGAGUUUUUCAUGUGGAAUGAGAUUCAAAAUUCGUUUUGAAACAGAAGAUUCUUCUGAGAGAAGGUGCAGCGGCCUCAUUGUCGGCGUCAGUGAUGUGGAUCCUGCAAGAUGGCCUGGUUCAAAGUGGAAGUGCUUGCUGGUUAGAUGGGAUGAUAUGGAGGUCAAUCGCCUUAAUAGGGUUUCUCCUUGGGAGAUUGAACUGGCUGGUCCUAUGUCUGGACCCAACAGCUUUGCGUUGCCUGGCACCAAAAGAAAUAGGAUAGGUUUCCCCCCAGCAGUGAAGCCCGAUGCUCCCGUUCACAGAGAUGGGAACGAUGUUUCAGACUUUGUGGAGCCUCUAAGGUUCCAAAAGGUCUUGCAAGGUCAAGAAGUAUUUCCUUUCGGUUCGCAAUAUGCUGGAGCUGAAGCUUCCCGGAAUCACCUAUCAGACAUUAGGGGAUAUCCUAGCCUCAGCGGCUUUCAUGCUGGCGGAAACAGCAUCAGGCAACAUCAUGCAGAUGCUCGGAAUUCGUUGGAGAGAACUGUAGUAGGCGAAUCCUUUCAAUUCCGUAAGGUCUUGCAAGGUCAAGAAACCAUGCCAAUCCUGUCAUAUGGAAGAGGCCCACAGGAUAAGAAUGCAAGUAAUGUGUUUAAUGGGAUUCAGGUGCUCAGGAAUGGAAAUUGCUGGUCCUACCCCACCCCGUACAAUGGUAGUCCCCACCUUUCACCAUCAAUGGUUCGAGGAUUGUCACCUUCUUCAGUACUAUUGUUGCAGCAGUCAAGUCCCCAAAACUCUCAAAUUCCGUCGCUCAUUCAUGGCUAUCAGAAUAAGCAUGAGACUAGCAAUCAGGAUUCAUUCCGUGUUUCUCAAAGAAUUCCAAAGAAGUUUGCACCAUGCGAAAUCAGCCCAAGGGACGAAUCUACACAUGGAUACAGAUCCUCUGGAGCCCCUGAAGCGCAUAGCCCACCGGUGCUAACCCAUCGCCCUCUCCUCACUCAACCGUUAUUUAGAGACAACCAGAAUUUUGUGUCGAUGUGUAAAGACAGUUGCAGGCUCUUCGGGUUCCCCCUGACCGAGGGGAUAAAUGCAAUUGGUAAGGCUGAUAGUCAGGCCGCUGCAUCUGCUUCUGCUUAUGGUCAUGGGAGCAAUGAGGAACAACUGUUCCAACCUCCUCUAGUGACAAAGGUUAUGGUUAGCAGUUGUACUAAACCAAGCGACAUGCAUGCCGUGAGAGACAGGCUUCUUGAUAUCGCACUCUAAACACAGAGAGAGAGGCUGAGAAGUGAGUAGCAGGGCUUGAAAGCAGCUCUUUCCGUCGCGGUAUCCCUUGUUAUUGCUGCUUUACUUUUUAGUUGAAGAUUUAUGCAAGGAUCAGAAGAGUGGGAUGUUUGUGUUUUUGGGGUGUGGAAGAAGGGUCACUCUGCAAGUAGUUGGUUGAUGACAAUGCUCUUCUAUGUGUGUAUUAUUAUGCUGAUAGGUUACUUAUGUAUUUGUAGAUCGUAAUAUCUCAGUGCUGAAAUCAUGUCGCUGACCUGUAUCCCUCUUUUUAAGUGUAAAUCAACACUAAAUUAUCUGAAAAGAUAAUACUUGUGUACCUUAUCAUGAUUGCUACUAAACUCUGAUUUCUUUAAAACUCCUAUAAUUUAAAACAAAGGAAAUGUUGGUUUGCA